CAAUUUCUUGAGUCCGGAGCCAAGACUCUGACAUUGUGCAAUAUAAAGAUCCGGGGACUGGCAAUGCCGCCUUCACUCAAGGAGGGCGACGAGCGACUCUCCUGUCUGUCUGUGAAUGAAGGAUCGGGAGAUGGGCGAUCGCUUCCAGAUCGGCGUCUUCUUCCAGGCAAUGACCGUCUUGUAUUCUGCAUCCAUCCCCCACCCAUCGAGGAGACCCCCCAACCCCCAACUACUGGAAGAUUCUAUAAAACUCUUCAACGAGGGGCUGAACAAUUCAAGUUUUCUCUACAAUCUCCACAAGGUGAACCUACCCCCCCGUCAGGCAGAUUCCCAUGAAAAUAAUUCACUAAGUUUUGUUAUUAAAGAGACGGUUUGCCGGAAGUCAGAAGAGAUCGCGGGGGAGUGUCCCUUUAAGGAGGGCGGGGUGAUGAAGAACUGCACGGCCGUGUAUUCCGGACCCGGACAGGAGAAGGCGGAGCUCAGAUGUCAGACAUUGGACCCUCCAGGGUCCGGCCUCCCGCCAGCAACAUCUGAAGGAGGUGAUGAAAAAAAGUCCGGCCGGGGUCAUCGCAAAUUUAUCAACUCCCGCAAAAAGAAUGAAGGGACUUUCCGUGAUGUCAUCGACAGUGACAUCACAUCCAAUAACAUCGCGGGCUCGUGCCUCGAGUGCAUAUUCCACGACCUUCCCAACUCCCAAAACGCGAUCGGAAGUUCUGGAUUUUCUGUACUUUUAUUAUAUAUAUUGUUGCAAUCGAUACUUUGAUCAUUAUUAUUGUAGAUAUUUGUAAGUUUGUAGCAUAUGGAUCUCCUGAAAACUGUUUUAUUGAUUUUUUUUAUUUGAUCUAAAAAAAUUAAAUGUUAUUAUUACUAUUA